AUGGAACCUGACAGUGUCCAUGCUGUGGAGAUGGUCUACGGAGCCGUGGCGGCGGGCUUACCACUAGGUUCUGCGGACUUCUGCGGGCUGCGGAAGUUCCGCACAACCGACACACGGCUCUGGGGCGUGGACCAGAGUAAGACGAACACAGAGAGCAGAACAGCUGGCCUCAGCACCAAGCCUUGGAUUCACAUGACUCUUCCCAGCUCCAUAUUAGUGACUUUGACCUUCAGUAGGAACCAAGAUCAACGUGUUGGCCACCUAAAUCCAAGUGCCUAUUCAAGACUUUCCAGGAUGAGCAUCCAGACCCCACCCAUGCUGUUGGAGCUGGCAGGGUGCAGACUGCUGAGCAACAAGUCCAGGGCUGUCCUAAAUCUGGAGGAGUUGCCCAUAGAGCUCUUCUCACCACUCUUUGUGGAGGCCUUCAGCAGGGGACACACUGAGGUCCUGAAGAAAAUAGUACAGGCCUGCCCCUUAACCUGCCUGCCCCUGGGGGCCCUGAUGAGGAAGCAACAGCUUGAGAUGAUCCGAGUUGUCCUGGAUGGGCUGGACAUGCUGUUUGCCCAGCAGGAUCACCCCAGGAGGUGGAAACUGCAGGUGCUGGAUUUGCGGAAUGUUCCCCAGAACUUCUGGAGGAUGUGGUCUGGAGCCGUCGCUGAUGCCUGCUCACCAGAGGACAUUAAGAAGAAUGGAACAUUGAAAAUUGGUCCAGCAAUGGAAGCUAAGCCACUUUUCAAGGUAGUCAUAGACUUGAGCCUCAGAAAAAGAGCCCUGGAUGACUUCCUGAUUCACUUGUUCCUGUGGGUCAGAAAGAGAAGGGACAGGCUGCACCUGUGUUGCAAUAGGCUGAAGAUCUUUGGGAAACCCACUGGUCACACCAGGAAGGUCCUGAGACUGCUGCAGCUGGACUCUGUCCAGAAGGUGGAAGUGCACUGCGCCUGGGCACCCUCCACCUUGGCUGCUUGUGCUGCUUUCUUGGGCCAGAUGAGGAACCUGAGGAAGCUUCUUGUCUCCCAGGUCUAUGUGCCUGCCUAUACCUCCCAAGAGGAGCAGGAGCAGCUGCUUGCCCAGCUCACCUCACAGUUCCUCAGGAUGGACUGCCUGUGGAAGUUCUGUGCCAAUGCUGUCUUCCUCCUUGAGGGCCACCUGGAACAGGUGCUGAGACAGCUCAGACACCUGGAACUGAGGGGCAUCAAACUUACUGAUUUCAGUCUGGAGCCCCUCCAAAUUCUGCUGGAAAGCACUGCAACCACCCUGAACAGCCUGGACCUGGAAGCUUGCGGGAUCACUGACUCCCAGCUCCAGGCCCUCCUGCCUACCCUUAGCCACUGCUCCCAGCUUGUGAUCUUGAGCAUCCAUGGGAAUGGCCUCUCUAUGUCAACACUGAGGGACCUGCUGCUUCACACUUCCAGGCUGAGCCAGUUGAGCAUAGAGCUGUAUCCUGCCCCUCUGGAGAGCUAUGAUUCCCGUGGUACCAUCCACCCAGGGAGAUGUUCCCAACUCUGUGCUGAGCUGACAGCAAUAAUGAGGGACUUUAGGCAGCCGAACAUCCUUGUGUUCUGUACCGUCCCCUGUCGUUGUUGUGGCUCCAAGUUCCUGUAUAUCCAGGGCCUCAUUCACUGCUCCUGUCCAACAGCUGCCUAG